CCACCCACGUCUCACCCCACGUCACCCUCCUGUUCCUGCGCUAACCAAGGCCACCGAAAGCCAGGCUGCUGCCUGCUGCGUGUGUCACUAACCUUGUACCUGAGGGCAGCUUGCUGCCGGACUUCCUUCUGCUAAUGUGACAGCCCCAUCCUGCUGGUGGUCCGGUGAAGGCAUGCUGAGGGUUUCUUCCUCCAUAUCCUGGCUGUCGUGUGCACGAGGGCUGUACCACCAGGCCCUAUGUAGCUGAGCGCUUGAAUGACCUGAGGUUGGCUUAUCUGGGUGGCCAAGCAGCCUGAAGUUCAGUGGGUUAAGCAUGCCAGCUGGGGUGGGAAGCCAGGACUGGGAGGUAACUGUCUGCUGCCAUGUGGUUGUUAUGUGGGGGCCAGCACUGAAACUAACCAUGGUGGGGGAUCAUGAGUGUUUCCAAGGAGGUGAGGGGAUAGGGCAGGUUUCCCUGCUUCCUGUGCCCUUGUGGCCUGUGACAUAUUGGACUGCUAAUGGUUUGUUUGCCAUUUCUUGGCUUUUGAGCUUUCUGCGUGUUGCCCAGCUUGCUGCCUCUAAUCACAAGGUGUCCAGCUCUCCCAGCCCUUAGGCACAGCAGCACUGCACUCCUGCAGGUGGAGGUUCGGUAGCAGCACCAGUAUGGCCGCUUUGCUCCUGCAAACUGGUGUUAAUGGGGUUUGGAGAGGCCCAAAGCACUGUGGAUUGAACACCAGAGGGCAUGGUUGCUCUUCUGUGCUGCACACAGAAGGAGGGCUACUAUAGAGGGAAGAGCUCUUAAGGCUUCUUUUGCGGUGCUUACUUGGUCUGAGUACUGUGGGACAACCCUUCUGCAGGCCCUGUCUCCUUGCUCAUGGGCCAUUGCUGCAUUUUUUGUCCUUUUUUCUGCAAGGGGAGCACCCAGUGCAGAUUGGGAAGACAAAGGUGGCAGAGCAGUGACCAGCAGCUGGGCCUUCAUGGCAGGAGCUCUUCGUGCCCCUCAUGGCUCAUGGUGGGAGCGCCUGUUGUGCAACCCAUGCUUUCUGAAGCAGAAAGGCUGGUGCUGGGGAUUGCUGGGAGCAAUGAAACAGGGUGAGCAGAACAAGGUGGCCCUGCACUUAGCAGCCUGCAAGAUGCCAGCCCACAUCCCAAAGGCCGUCCACUCUGCCCCAGCAGUGCCAUUUCGCCUAGGGUCUCCUCUGCUGUACAAGUGCCCAUUAGAGGGUGUGAGGCAAAUGGCAAGGGGAUUUGGGGUUGAGGGAGAGAGAAAGAAAGGAAACACGUGAGGGCAGACAUGCGGAAGGCAAUCACAGCAAAAAGGGUGGAGGAAAAAAUCAACUUCUCUUCCUGCCCUACCUUUUGUAACAGGGACAAGCUGACCUUUUGCAAAACCGAGAAGUGAUGGGUUUAGCAUUGCUGAGUUACUUGAAUCUGUACAUGGAACAGGGAGAAAAAGGCUGAGUAACACUGCUCCAUGGUGAAACUGAUGCCACGCCACAGAUGGGACUGGAUAUCAGCAACAGGGUCACAGUUAAGCCAACAAGUGCCUUUUGGGUCCAUGAGUUGGAGCUUAGUCAUGGGACUAUAGUAGAGGCUCGUGACAUGGGGACAGGAGAUGCCUUCCUGCCCCAGGCUCAGUGUGGAGUCCUGGCUUCUCAAAGUGCUGAGCUUUCCCCAGUUGUCUGGCCCUGCUCCUUUCUUGCAGGGCCUGGCCAUGGCUGCUGCUUGCUGUGGAGUUUGGGUGGAUUUCCCCCACGGAAAGCUGGGCUUAGGGCUGUGAGCAGCUCAGUGCUUGUUGACAGCGAGAUGGACAGCUAGUUGCAUAAUGAUUUUGGUUUCCUCUGUGGUAAAUGCAGUGGGAAAACACUCUGUCAAGCCCCGGCAAGCAGAUCUCAGCAGGGAUAUCUCAGGACUCUGCUCCAGGGGCUUUGGUUGCAGCUUGCACCACAGCUACUGGGUCAGCUGAGGCACAGGUACCUGCCAGGGGGCAGCUGUCCCUCUGCCUGCUGUCACUGUGGGGUCAGGGCAGAGCUGGAGUCUGGCCCUGGGGAGAGAGGAGGAAGGAAGCAGCCUGGUACCGGGAGCUGCUGGAUCACAGCAGGGAGAGGGCAGAGGCUGGUCUCAGCGAGCAGACACUUCCUGCCGCCUGCCAGGGUGUCUCCAGCUGCCAGCAGCACGAGAGCAGGGCUGAAAACAAUCCGGCAGCAGUGCUGACAUUUGUUAAUGUGAACUCUCCCACCGCUUUGCAAAGACCUCGUGCUCCACCUGCGUGACAGAGCUGCGGCAAAGCCCUCAGGCCUGGCUCCCCUCUGAUUAAUGGUUUCCUGUGAUACCCAUCGGCAGCACAGCGGCGGGAGGAUGGCUGGCCCUGCCUGCCUUUGCCGCUCUGGCAGCGAUCUCUGUUGACGUUUUGUUAUUGUCGUUUUACUGUCUUUUCUCCCCGGUCCCUGAAGAGCGCUGGGUACGGUCCAAGCACACGCAGGCUCGCACGCCCGCGCGCAGAAAGAGCUCCGGCUCUAAUUUUAGCCAUGACAUGUAUGCAGGGAGUAAGCAGCCGGGAGGAGGCAGAGUGUGAAGGGAUGAGGAGGUCCCAGCUGCAGGGCCGCCGUGACUCACCCUAACUGGUCACCAGCACUCACUGCUUUGGGAUCUGGGGCUCCUUCCUUGUGGGCAUCUUGGAGUGAUUUGGCCAUGGCACGGCCCUUGCCACAUUGUGGGGAGGGAACGGGCUCCUGCCAGGUCCUCGGGCUGCACAAAGGAUGUCCUAAGGGGAGGGAAUGGCUUUGGGGGAAACUGUUUCGUGCCACGUUUGCAGAAAGGGUUUGGUUGUGAAACAUCAUUUUGGGAUGUCACCUCCAAGUGUCUGUGCCAGAGGGGAUCCCCCUGCUCCCAUACUUACCCAGCACUGCAUGUUCUGCAGGGGCAAACCAGGGUUUCAGAUCUGAGGGGACAAGCAUCUGGGUGCCAGGGAUCCCUUUUCUUCCUGGGCCCCUUUUUUUUGUGUGUCCUUUGCCAGGGGUGAGCCUGACUGGGGCUGUGCGCAGAGGAAGUGCAGUUGGUUAUUUUAAUGAGCACUGUCAGGGUUUGCAGAGCGGGGAGGAGGCGGAGGGAGCAGUGGAGCACUCGCUCGCCAAACUAGGACUUGGUCGGGGAGGGCUGGCCCGUCACUGCUCCGCAGCUACUGCUGCCCGCUCAUCACCUGCGGGGACUUCAGCGCCAUUCCGGAUCAGGUCACAGAGGCUUUUCCCCACGCUCUGCCCUUCUUUCCUCUCCUGCUCCAUUCCUGCACCUCACUGCUUUUGGCUGUGCUUGCUGGGAGAAGGGGGGGAGAACUAGCCUGGAGCUGGUGGGUUCAGUCUGAACGGGCAGUAUGUCCUAAUGUACCAGUUAGGGGUGGGGGGUGUGUGUGUGUGGGGGGGUAGAUUCCUGAGCCAUCAGCUGCUCUCCUGCCCAGCCGUGCUGGUUCCCAGAGGCUGAGGUGAGCCACGGCUGUUCCAUGGGCCGUGAGCAGGGUUGGCAGAGGGGCUCAGUGAAACCCAACUCUGUGGUGCUUAGUGGCUGCUUCUCUCCCUGCCAGAAGUGGGUUUCCAGCUGCUCAUGUUAAGGCACCGGCUAUAUCCUGCCAGCACAUGGAGGAGACAGGCAGUAGGAAACCUGCAGUGUGGCAGAGGACAGUGGAAUGGGGAGCCAGCCUGUGCCCUGCCAGGCUGUUCCUAGCCAGCCACUUGGCCCCAGAAUAGUCUGGGGAGGGCAGGACUGACUUCUGGGCUCCUGGCAUCUCUCCUGGUGCUGGUGGCACCCUGUGCUUUUUCUGAAGGCAAUAGGAUGCCCUUCUGCUCCUCUGUUGCAGGUGUCCAGUCCCAUCUCCACAUUAUCAGUGUCUGUAGCUGACAGCCUUAGGCUCCCUUGGCUUUGCUCCAUGCUUUUGAGAGGUCUGUGCAGCUUCCCCCACUCCCAGCCUGGGAGCUGCAUUCCUGCCUGAGCCGUGUCCCUCACAUCGGAGCUUUUUCCCUGUGCUGGUUUCAUGCUGCUUCUCUCAGGCUGCUGUGCAGUUCCCUGCUUGAGCACCAUGCUGGGAAGCUUUCUCCCAGCUUUCCAUAUGUAGGGGAUCUGGGAAUGGGCACCUGGGCUGUGGGACUGGCUUCCCUUUAAGCAGGGAGGCACGGAGCUGUGGGCAUCUGCUACAGGAACAGAUGGCCCAUCCAAAUUGCCAAGGCUGGCCUGAACUGCUGCUGCUUUGUUGUUCUGCAAAAGGAGCUCUGAGAGAUAAGGAACUUUUUAACAUCCCUCUCAGUCUGGGUCACGGGCAGUGCUGAUGAAACCAAAAUAGAAUCUGUGUGAACUGCUGCUGAUCCAUCCCCUGCUCUUGCCUGACCCUUGCGCUCUGAUGUUUGCUUGCCCUCUGCUCUUUAUUAAGGAUAAUUCACCUUCCCAGGCUGUCACUGUGGCUGCUUGGCUUUCAGCAUAGAAGCCAAACAGCAGCGGCUUCUUUAAAUCAGUGCUGCCCAAUUUCUUGAUAACCAGGAGGCAGAUUAUUUAGUGCAGUGGCAAAUAAACUUCAUAAUGUUAUGAUGGUGGAAAGUUGUCAAGGGAUAUGAAUGUGCAGCUCAGCCCAGAAACCUCCAAGGAGACAGCUUUAGUUUAAAUGAAGACAAAACUCCAUCUUUCAUGGAUUUUGGGAAGGAAAUCACAUUGUUGUAAUGGGAACAUUACCCUGAGCCUUAGGGCUGGCAAACUCUUGACUUUAUGAAGUAUAAGUGGAGAGGCUGAGCUAGCCUGGCAGGUAUGCUUUAAAGAAGGCCUGCGGCACAUUGAACCUAGCAGUGGGACUGGGCAGGGCGCAGUGCUCUGAACCCCUCCCUGCACUCCCAGCCUCGAGGUACUGCUUGGGAUCUGGGACAGAGGGAGCAGGGAAGGUGUGGGUCAUGUUGGGCACCAAAUGGCAGCAAAGGGGUUGUGGGACCGGAGCCUGGAGAGAGGCAGGAUGGAGCUGCCACCAGCAGGAGGUAGGAUUAUGACAAGAACUGUAUUAAAAAAAAAAAAAGCCUCAGACCCCUGUGCUCCCAUCUCCUGUUCUACCCAGCAAGCCUGACCUUGGGAACACUUGGUUGUACAUCUUGUGAAGGGCCUGGCAGGAGGUGGGACAGCUGGUCCCUUUUGCCUUAUUUUGGUCAAGGCACAGCCAAGUGCUGGGGACUGCACUCAAAUCGCUGUGUGGGCUUGGGUGUCUCCUUCAGUACUGCUUUGCUCUCUGGAUGAGCUUCCCAUGAGAAACUGCAAAGCUGCAGCAUUUCCUUUCUCCCACUUGCCUCUGAGCCCUGCACAAAGCAGCUGCGAGCAUCCUGUUGCUGCCUCCAUCCCUCCUGCUCUGGUUGUUUGGGGAAAAGAGAUUUUGCAACAGUUUCUAAUUAAAAUGUCAGUGAAGAUGCUUCCAGGCAGUUCCUUUUGUCCUCUGGGGACAAACUGUCAGUGUGGAGGGACAGGGGCUGCAGUGUGACAGAUGGGUGUCAUCAUCCCUUUGACAGGCUGGAAGGAAGCAGUGAGGGUCCUUCUUUAACCUGCGUGCUCACGGCAUCCUCAGCUCCUGGAGGAGCACCCAGAAGGACUGAAAGUGGCAAGGGGUUAUAGUUAGCAGUGGCUGCCUGUAAAGCCUGGUCCCAUCCUUGGGUGUUUGGUGUGGUUAUCUGCCAUGGGCACCGGCAGUCAGAUAGGUGCUGACCUUGUGCCCUCUCACCAAGUCCUUGCUGCCAGUUGGGUGCUGAGCUGUGCCGUGGAAUUCUUGUCCCCUGAAAGAGGGCACGUGAGUUUUCCCUCUGGCCAUUGUCUGCGGGGAUCCCAUUACCAUUCAUUGUAUGGAACGUGUCAGAUCUUGCGGGUUCUUGGAUCAGGUCCCUGCGCUGGCACUGUUGCAAGGUGGCCUGUAUGUGUGCAGCAGAAGGCUGCGAGUUUUGCUUUUGUUUGGCCUCAUUCUCUGGACGAACGAUUGUGCUGGGUCUGUGCCCUGGUGCUGCCUUCUGGUCUGUGCUGCAGAGUGUCACACGCUGUCAUGGGGGCUUUGUGGCACACAGAGUCUGAGCUGAUAUUGCCGCCUUCAGGUGAUGGCACAACUGAAGGUGUUCUUGGCUAUGGCUACUGCUGCUAAAGGCUCUUGGUUUGGAUGGAUGUGUUUUUGGUCAUCUCAGUCCUACGAGCGGUGCAGCAUUACUCACACAUCAGCUGCAGUGAUGAAUCGGAAGGUAGAAGGGCUGACAGUGCUGGGAAACAUGAGCUGUUGUCCCCACUGUGACAGCUAUCAAUGGCUCAUACAGCCCACAGGCAGUCACUGCUUCUGUCCUGCUCCCUGCUGGUGGGGGUUGUCUGCACUCCCACUUCUGAGCUGGCUGAGAGCUGGUGUGCCUGUGCCUUGACUAUUCUCAGACCUUUCUGCCUUGGAGCCCACAUUUGCACAGCUGUGCCCCUUGUACAGCUUCUGCCUCUGGAUCAUGAUGUAGUACAGAUUACAGCUGGAGUGGAAAUUUUGGGUAGAAACCAUCUAUGCAGAGUUUGGGAACUUGCUCACCUCUCUGCAACCACAGCCCUGAGGGCUGCACCGUGUCUUGACCAGCGUGUUCCCUUCCCUGUCCGACACAGGCACUUCCUCUGCAGCAUGCAAGCUGUGGAUGGGAAGCGAGGCUGCAUAGAGCUCAGGAGAUCUUGGCAUCACACACAGGUGCCUGCUAGUAACGCCUCUUCCCAGGAGUUGAGCUGUGCAAGUCACUGUCAUUGCCAGGGAGGACAGCUUGUAAACUGAGACAGGCUCUUGUCUGCAUGAUGGCAGCUCUGGUGCCAUAGCACCCACCCAGACAGCGCAGCAAGUACUGCUUCACAGACUCAGCCAGGACAGAUUCUCGUCAUGGAGAAGGGCAAAACAUGGGCUCAUUUCCCUCCUGUAGCUCCGUGGUUGGAAAAAAUGCUUUCCAAUCAACUAACUAGAGGCUUGCUGAAAGGUCUGCUGAUGGUUUUUUCAAGUCCAAACUUUCUCUAGGCUUUGAGGCUUGUUUGGCUGGCAUCCCUCUUCUUCUGGGUACUGGCAGGAGGACACCAUGGUGGGGGGGGGGGGGGAACAAUGGCACAGGCAAGAGGACCGAGCAGCGUGCUGCACUGUGUCCCUCUGUCUGAGGACACAGAAGGCAUGGUCAGCACAGUACCCAGAGAUCUGCCUGAGGCUGCUGGAGCAAAGCGAAGUAAUGGAGCUGAAUAUCAAGAAAUAUUCAUGAUGUGGGUAGAGCUUAGAGCUUAUGCCUUGAGGGACACUGUGUAGAAAUGAAUCUGUCUGGUUUUGUUGCUGUCACCACCAGGGGAGUGAUAGCUGCUGGGUGAUCAGGGUGCCCAUGUCAGCCGAUCCAUGAGUUCUCUGUCCAGUGAAGUUACAAGAUGCAAGUUUUCCCUCUUUGAUCUCUGCUUGGCUUUCCAAGGGUGUUUAUAUCCUGCCGCCGAGGUUAGCUCUGUCCUUAGAGCACAGGGCUGCAUUUUUCUCUGAGAGCCCCAGGGGUUCCUGCAGCACCUUCCUCUUCCCCCAGCUCUUCAGGGCAGCACACACUCCAGGAUAUGUUCUUGCUUUGGCAAGGUCUCAGCCCACCAGCACCAGGCAGGGAGCACAAUAGGUUGAGGAGCUCUGAGGGGUCUGGCUCAAAAAAAUCCUACCAAAAGCUCCAAGUGCAGAUCACAAGCUGACCCCUUCCUUAUUCACAGAAUGAGAUUGAAAUGAUAGUGUUGAGCUGCAUGCAAGUAGAGUUGAUGUCCUAGUGCGUGCAGAAGUAUUUCCUUUUCCUCCUACCCUGCAGAUGCCAGGCUGCAACUAGCCCCUUGAGCUAACAGCCCAGUGAUGCAGCCUGCAGAGAAGCAACAUGCUGUUCUCUGUUGUGACUCAACUACCAACAGUCUUUUCACAGAAGCGUGGAGGUCACAGAAAUGUCAAUAGUGUUAGGCCAAGGGCUGCCAGGACACAGCUCUCCUUCAGCAGUACCUGGUGCAUGGUGCUCUGAUGGUGCACAUCAGUGCUGGGCACUCCAUGCAGUCAGUUACUCCACACUGUCAGCAGCAGCUCUCAGUGCCUGCACUGUACUCUUUCAGAUUGGAAUUCAGUUGCAAGCAAUGGGGAUAUCUUCACCAUCAGAUCUGAGCUGCUGCCACGUGGUACUGUUAUAAGCUGUCAGAUUACCCAGCAGUAACCUUCACUGCUGGUGUCUGGAGCGUGAGUCCAUGUGCCUCUGACAGCUCUGGAGAUAAAAAAGGCCAUAAUCAACCAGUAACCAAACAUAAAUGUCAAGCCAAGGGUGUUCUGGCAGGUUUCCUCAUGAGAAUGUGGUGUGAAAAGGAAGGAAGCUGUGUUGAGAGAUCUUCCUGCCCAAUGCAGCAACUCAGCAAGCACUGCACUAGCUUUGCGCUGGUGGAAUAUCUGGGACAGAAAGAACUACCUGUUGAGCUCACUCAGGAUAUAGGUGGACAAUUCUCUCUCUCCCAGCAGCUUAGCCUGGGCAAGCUUGCCACACUCAAGCAGUUCUCUCAUGUUGUCUUUUUUCAAAUACAUUUUAUUUGUUCAUGUAGUUUUUAACACCUAUUGGUGAUGAUGCAAUUCACUGCAGUAUCCCACUGAUGUUGGGGAGAAGGGACAGGAAUGGAGUGCUGCAGUGACAGGGACAGGCUGGAAGCUGGCUGGUCAGCAAGACAUAGUUAAGUCCUCUGGAAAAGCCUCAUGGUUCUCGGUGGUGUGAUGGCUACCCUGCUAGUCACUGGGCAGGGAUGAGUGUAUAUGCAUUACUCGUGAUGGAACUUGAGAAAUCCCUCCGAGGUGAUGGUACUUUGUUUUUGCUUUCAGUUCAGCAAGGCUCUAACUCCCCUAAUUCUGCUCUCUGAAUUGCACAUUCCACUGGAGAGCAUCACUAGAUGAGAGAGACUAGAGACUUCCUUGCAUAACCAGCUGGAGGCAAAACCAAACCUGACUUUUCUGUCCUCCACCUUUGUAGCAAUUGAAGAUUCAGAAUUUGCUUCUGCCAUGCUCUUUAGAGGCUUGAAACAAACUGGUCUGGAGAAUGGGAGUUCUGGUACUAGUCAGAGUCAGCCUCUUCCGCUCUGACCUUUGCAUGCCAAGCUGAGAGCACUGAAACUGCUGCUGCAGCAGCUUCCAUCUGUGGCCUAGUGCUUUUCACGGACAGCUGCAACACCUUGGCAACACACUCAGCUUUGAGGGAAAGGUCAAGAGACCCGUUAAAGCUCUUUCCAAAACGAGAGGGAAGUUUUGAGCAGGACAGAUAGGAUGAUUUUCCUAGUUCUCCUCUGCUCCAACUUUCUCAGCCAGGCUCCACCAAAUGUGCUUGCCCUGCUUUGACUUGCCUGAUUGUUUUCCUUCUUUAGUGCUUAGUUUCCAUUUGCCACAAAUUCUGUGGGGCUGCUGAACGUUGUGCUGAACGGUUACGGCUGCAACACCGGGAGAGCCAGCACCAGUGGGGAAAAUAGUGGUGGGGCAGAAAGCAGGGCUGGCCUCGCCAGGGCAGGAGCUCAUCCGUGAAGCAGUCUCAUGUGUGAUUCUGAGGGUGCUUUCCUCAGGCUAAGCUGUGAAAAUAAGCAUAGACUGCCUUAAGAAGAGCUUUGCUUUGAACUAGAGAAGCCCAGAUGCUCCCAGUGGGUCCCAGAGGCUGGGCCCAGCCCUACCAUACAUACCAUACAGCCCUACCAUAGCACCCAGCUCUCUCAGCUCAGCUGCUCCAACUGUGCUCUGCAAACCUGGGGCCAUCCCCAGCCCCGCAGAUCUGUGGGCAGCCUAUUUAAUUCCUGCUUUCUGUGUCAACAGCCACCGCCGGGCACAAUGGAAACAUUUUUUAAGAGGCACUUUGGGAAGAAGGGGCUGCUGGGCCCACGGCGUGCCAGUGUGGUGACUGUGCCCACGGGCAAGGCCCGCCGCCGCUCCCAGGCCGGGCUGCCCUCUGCUUCACUGACCCAGCGCCGUCGCGGCUCAGGUGCCCCACUGCCAGCUCUCUCCUGUUUGCCCCUGACCCGCCGCCGCGGCCCCCGCCGCCGCUCCAGCACCACCCCACCGUGCCUCAGUCCCCGCUUCGCCGUGCAGCAGCAGCGGCGCGGGGGCUGCCCGCCAGCCAUCGAUGCCACGCUGCUGGGGCCCUCUGUGCUGCUGGCCAGCCUCCUCCCCGCUGGGCGAGAGGGUGCCGGGGAUGCCUCCAGCUCCUGGCCUGCAGAAGAUGGCGAUGGCAGGGUGGAUCGGGGCAGAUGGUGGGCCGAAGAGAGCUGGCUGGGCAUACUGCCGCGGCUGCGGCCGCUGCAGGCCAGGCUGCUGACACGGGGCCCUCGAUGCCUGCGCCGCGCCUCCUCCCACCGCCUGCCCACCGACAUUGGCUGCAGCCGGGCUCCCCACGGCCUGCCGGGCCGCUACCGUCGCCUCAGCCAGCGCCGCCGCUCCAGUGAUGUCCUCUGGCCCGGGCUGCUGGCCACCACUCGCACGAGGUGGCUGGCCCAGCAGUGCGCAGGGGCUGCCUUCCCUGAGUGCUUGGAACCAGAACCAGCCUGCUGCCCCGACGGCUGGAGCCCCAGGCUGCUGAAAGCUAUUGCCAAGUCCAGCCUCCAGCACAUGGUAGCCCAGCCAAACCCCAUGCUAGCCCUGAGGAGCGAGUCAGAGAGGCAGAUACGCAGCACUGUGGACUGGAGCGAGACUGCAGUCUAUGGGGAGCACAUCUGGUUUGAGACCAAUGUCUCUGGGGAUUUUUGCUACGUUGGGGAGCAGAACUGCAUGGCCAAGCUGCUGCAAAAACCUCUCUCCAGGCGUAAGUGUGCAGCAUGCAAGAUCAUAGUGCAUACACCCUGCAUAGAACAGCUGGAGAAAAUAAAUUUCCGCUGCAAACCUUCCUUCAGGGAGUCGGGAUCACGGAACGUACGGGAGCCCAUAGUUGUCCGGCAUCACUGGGUGCAUCGGAGGCGACAGGAAGGGAAAUGCCGGCAGUGUGGCAAGGGUUUCCAGCAGAAGUUUGCCUUCCACAGUAAGGAGAUUGUAGCCAUCAGCUGUUCUUGGUGCAAGCAAGCGUAUCACAGCAAAGUGUCAUGUUUCAUGCUGCAACACAUCGAAGAGCCCUGCUCACUAGGGGCUCACGCUGCUGUUGUUGUUCCUCCCACCUGGAUUUUGCGGGUCCGACGGCCCCAGAAUCCAAUGAAAUCCAGUAAGAAAAAGAAGAGGACAUCAUUCAAGCGAAAAUCCAGCAAAAAGGGUGCUGAGGAAGGGAGGUGGAAACCUUUUGUCAUCAAGCCUAUGCCAGCUCCUCUCAUUAAGCCCUUGCUGGUGUUUGUGAACCCCAAGAGUGGUGGGAAUCAGGGAGCCAAAAUCAUCCAGUCCUUCAUGUGGUAUCUCAACCCACGGCAAGUUUUCGACCUCAGCCAGGGCGGUCCCAAGGAGGCGCUGGAGUUGUACCGCAAGGUCCACAACCUACGGAUCCUGGCAUGUGGGGGAGAUGGCACGGUGGGCUGGAUACUCUCCAUUCUGGACCAGCUGCGCCUCAAUCCACCUCCUCCUGUGGCCAUCCUUCCGCUGGGGACAGGCAAUGACUUGGCCAGGACACUGAACUGGGGUGGGGGUUACACAGAUGAGCCUCUGUCCAAGAUCUUGUCACAUGUGGAAGAUGGGAACAUUGUGCAGCUUGAUCGCUGGAACCUCCGUGUGGAAGCAAACCCUGAAGCAAACCCUGAGGAAAAGGAUGAGACAGCUGCUGACAAGCUUCCCUUGGAUGUCUUUAAUAACUACUUUAGCCUUGGUUUUGAUGCACGGGUGACGCUGGAAUUUCAUGAAUCCCGAGAGGCCAAUCCAGAGAAGUUCAAUAGUCGGUUUCGGAAUAAAAUGUUCUAUGCUGGGACGGCUUUCUCCGACUUCCUCACAGGGAGCUCCAAAGAUUUAGCGAAGCACGUCAAGUUGGUUUGUGAUGGGGUGGACCUGACCCACAAGAUCCAGGACCUGAAGCCCCAGUGUUUGGUCUUCCUGAACAUCCCCAGAUACUGUGCAGGCACGAUGCCCUGGGGCAACCCUGGAGAGCACCAUGACUUCGAGCCGCAGCGCCAUGAUGAUGGCUGCAUUGAAGUCAUUGGCUUCACUAUGACUUCCCUGGCUGCAUUGCAGGUGGGUGGCCACGGGGAGAGGCUGUGUCAGUGCCGGCAGGUAGUUCUCACCACGUCGAAGGCCAUCCCCAUGCAGGUAGAUGGGGAGCCCUGCAAGCUGGCAGCUUCCUGUAUCCACAUCUCCCUGCGCAACCAAGCCAACAUGGUGCAGAAGACCAAGCGGCGUAACUCCAUGCCUCUGCUCAACGACCAGCAGCCAGUGCCUGAGCGGCUGCGAAUCCGAGUGAGCCGAAUCAGCAUGCGUGACUACGAGGCACUGCACUAUGACAAGGAAAAGCUGAAGGAAGCCUCUGUGCCGCUGGGGAUCAUCGUGGUUCCAGGGGACAGUGACCUGGAGUUGUGCCGGACCCAAAUUGAGAGGCUGCAGGAGGAAGGAGAUGGAGCCAAACCGAAGACACUGUCAUCCCAGAAACUGUCACCAAAAUGGUGCUUCCUGGACUCAACCACAGCAGAUCGAUUCUACAGGAUAGAUCGCGCUCAGGAGCACCUCAACUAUGUGACAGAGAUCUCUCAGGAUGAGCUCUAUGUGCUGGAUCCAGAGCUGGUGAUCACCCAGACCGUAGGCACAUCUCCUGCCAUGCCUGAUCUUGUCGACUCAUCUGCCACACCUCCUGGGCACCAUUUUGCUUUCCCUUCCUCUUCCUCCUCUCCACCCUGCUCUCCUGCCCCCAGUGCUGAUGCUGAGCUCUGCCUCCUGCACAAAGAUGACCUGAUAGAAGCUGCCAAGAGCGGUAACUUCAGCAAGUUCCAAGAGCUGCACCGGGCUGGAAGAGACCUGAUGGUGCGAGACUCCUCUGGCCGAACUGUCCUCCAUCACGCCGUCAUAUCAGGGAGCAAGGACAUCGUCAAAUACAUAAUUGAGAAUGCCCCUUCAGAAAUCCUCGAUGCCACAGAGGAGGAGAAUGGCGAAACCAGCUUGCACCAGGCUGCAGCUCUACGCCACCGCACUAUCUGCCACUACAUUGUGGAGGCCGGAGCGUCACUCAUGAAGACUGACCUGCAGGAGCGAGGCGCUGGAAUGUCUCAUCCCUGUCUCCCCCUUCCCACCCUGUGGGGUCACAGCGAGGACAGUCUCGCUGUCGAACUCCCUCCCAGCCGCAGGGCUCCCCGCGCAGAGCCAGGACAGAGCACUGGGGCUCCUCGGGUGAAGCAGAAUGUCAGCAGGCGGGGAGACACCCCUAAGCACAGGGCUGAGAAAGCCAAUGACCCCGACCUGGCUGCCUACCUCGAGAAUCGACAGCACUACCAGAUGAUCCAGCGGGAGGACCAGGAGACAGCUGUGUAGCGCUCAGCGUGCCUUAGCCCAACCAGCUUGGGCAGGACGAGCAGAGGGCGGCACCUGGCAGAGCUGUGAGUCUGGCCCAGCCCUCCUUAUGUGUCAGCCCAGUCGCUGGAGGAGAUGGAGACAGCAGGGCUGUGCCCCAGGUUGGGCUGAGACGCUGUUUAUGAGGACAGUGGGUAUUUGGGACUUGAAGCCCUGCUCUUUGUGUGUCCCCCUUUGCCUCUCAUCAACCAUGUUCCCCGCUCCAGAUGGGCUCCAUCCCAGAGCCCCACUGGGGCAGGCAGGGAUGUAGCAAUCUGUCACCCUCACACAGGGGAGCAGUGGUAGUGCCCCCAGCAGGUUCUUACCUAUGAUCCGUGCAGGACACCAUUGCUCACCCCUCUGCCUGCUAGUGGUAACGCUCCAUUAGGCACUUCACCUUGUCCAGAAGAAGCACCGUGAUGUACUGCCUCCAAGUCCUGUUCUCUCUUGUUGGCCUGGGACUGUCCUUGGGCUCUGUGGCAGGAGAAAAGUCCCUUGUGUUAGAGAAUGUGUACCCACCCCUUCCUCAGAGCAUCUGGGACUGGCACAGCUGGAUGUGGGGCAGUUGCUUUCAGUGCCGGGCCUGUGCUGCUCUCAGGGAUCUCCCCGUGCUCCCAAACUACGCGACCGCUGCAUAUGGCUUCUGCCAUCCCCACAAAUCAGACUCAGGGUCUUGCAGAGAAUCCUUGGAGGUCCCCCAGCCCAGGCGCAAGCUCCCUGGGUAGGCUGCCAGCAGGCUGCCAGCACACCUCCACAGGUUUUAGCAGAAAGAGGGAUUUGGAUGCAUAGGAAGCAUCAGGACCCCAGCCCCAAGUCAUGCAUGUGACAGGAUGGCAUUUGGGGCACCAUCUGCCACGGGACACGAAGCACCGUCUGCCCUGCAGAGGCCAUGAGUGCUGAGGUAGCACAGCAGCCCUCAUGCAUGCACUUUUUGCAGAGCAGCAGUCCCUGGCUGCAGGGUGCCAGCAGAGGGGGAGGGCAGACGACUGUUGGCAUUGGUGCAUUCAAGCGGGAGGUGUGUGCAAAGCAGGUCUGGGUUGCAGCGUACAGGUGGGGUCCCAGGAGAGGAGGCCGGGGCAUCCCCAGUGUGCACUUGCACCUGACUGUGGCUGUGCUGGGUGACACUGCUCACAUCCCCACAAAUACUGAAAAAAAAAACAUAUCAUGACACCACAGAGAACCACAAUGCUGAUCAGGCUUUAGGUUGGGGCAGAGUUACCUUUGAGGCUAUGGGGCAGCCAGACCAGAGCAGCACGAGGCUGGUGCUGGGGUUCAGUGAUUAAUAUCAUCGCUGUUCCGAUGGCGACGCUCCAGCAGCACCAGGAGUUCCCAUCAGCGCUGCUCAUUCGUGGACAAACGCUGUCAUCUUCCCAAAGGUGCAGACUGCUGCCCCAGCUAGGGUCCAGCUCCCCCUUCUCCCCAGUUUGUACAUCCCCGUUUUUGUACAGGUAGUUCAGAGACACACUGUCCCCCUCCCCGCCAGGCCCCACACGUGAGCUGAGUUGCUGUGCAAUUCUGAGCCUGGCUGCUGUGUAGGCAGAGGCGGAGGGGUGUUGGUAGCCCUGCCCACAUGGGGCAGGGGUUCUGUGCAAUACCCAGUUCGGUGUUCCCAGACGCUGUGGUAGGACUGUAUUUUUGUAACUCUGUGAGUGCCCGCUCUAGCAGGCCCGGGGCCUGGCGUGAGCCCGUGCUCCCAUCGCUUUUUGACUUUUGACUGUUUGGAUGUUGUUGUUUCUUGCUAUUGAAAUAAAAAAAAAAAGUGGA